CAGAACACAAACGUAUAAACAUAGCCACUUUUGUUGGCGACAGUGUCUAUACUAAUUGCACAUAAAGUGUGUCUAUUUGCAACCGUUUGCUGUUUUUUCAAAGCUCAAUUUAUUUACUGAAAAGUGAAACGUGAAAUUCUAAUAGUAGAACGAGUUGUAACUAUGUAUUUUAAUAAAAUUAAUUAAAAUAAUUAUUAUAAUGAUUUCAUAUGAUGGAUACCAAUCCGUAACCCAAUGUGCUGUAGGAAGUGAUGAUUUCAUACUGGUGGAUGAGAUUGACAAUGGCCGCAAGAUGAGCACUAUUGAGACGAUUCAGGAAAUACGACCUUGGUUAAAGCAUAAAGUGCGUAGUACAGUAGCUUUAAAAAACUUACGAAGAAGAUUACCUAUUCUUGAAUGGUUGCCACGAUAUACAGUUGAAGACGCGGUGGGUGAUUUAUUGGCCGGGGUCACUGUAGGACUCACCGUCAUCCCACAAUCUAUGGCAUAUGCUGGGUUGGCUGGCCUUCCACCUCAAUACGGUCUUUAUGGUUCGUUUUUGGGCGCUAUCAUUUACACUUUUUUUGGUAGUUGUAAAGACGUGCCUAUGGGCCCAACUGCUAUAGUGUCGCUUAUGACUUACAACACUUUACGGGAACACGGACAUGUUUAUGCCACACUCUUAUGCUUUUUCACAGGUGUUAUCCAAUUGAGUAUGGGCGUCUGUGGUCUGGGUAUACUGAUCGAUUUUGUAUCUGGACCUGUGUCUUCCGGCUUUACUUCAGCUGUGGCUUUAUUAAUAAUUACGUCCCAAAUCAAAGAUUUGAUUGGCAUAAAGGCUACCGGAACAACUUUAUGUGAAAUGUUAAUGUCGUUAUCUAGAGAUGUUCACAACGCUAGCAUGGUUGAUACGACGAUUGGAUUUGGAUGUAUAAUUCUUCUUUUGAUUCUUAGAAUUAUAGCAGAAGUACGUAUAGGACCCAAAUACUUAGAACAGCGAACGUUUAGCCAAAACUUGAUCAACAGAUUUCUAUGGUUGGUUGGAUCAUUCAGAAACUCAAUUAUAGUAAUAGGUUGCACUACAAUGAGUUACAUUUAUGUUAGUUCAUUGGAAGACUCGACAAAUUUACCGUAUAAAAUUAUUGGUGAAAUACCCGAAGGUUUGCCUGAUGUAGAUUUCCCUAAGUUUUACGUUAAGAACGGUAAUGACACGAUAGGGUUUGUUGAUAUGAUGUCCUUGAUGGGUUCAGGAAUAAUUGUUCUACCGCUUAUUGGUUUACUCGAAAGUAUUUCAAUUUGUAAGGCGUUUGCAAAUGGAAAAACGAUAGAUGCUAGACAAGAGCUGUUAGCCAUUGGCUUAUGUAAUAUCGGCAACUCAUUUGUGCAUAGCUUUCCGGGUGGUGGUUCGUUCAGCAGAAGCGCUGUAAACAACGCCAGUGGAGUACGUACUCCUUUAGGUGGUCUAUAUACAGCACUAUUAGUUAUUGUGUCACUUUUAUUUCUAACUCCAGAUUUUUAUUACAUACCUAAGACGUGUAUGGCCGCAGUAAUUAUAGCAGCCGUAGUGUUUAUGGUAGAAGUGAGAGUAGUUAAGCCAAUUUACCGGUCUAAGAAGAGUGAUCUCAUACCUGGCCUUUCUACAUUUAUCGCCUGUCUAUUAUUGCCACUUGAAAUCGGUGUUCUAGUCGGAAUCGGGCUUAACUUGAUGUCAAUACUAUAUCAUGCAGCCAGGCCUAAAAUAUCAAUACAAAUUCAUAAUAGCCGUACAGGAAUUGAGUAUCUGAUGCUGACUCCGGAUCGAUGCUUAGUGUUUCCAUCUGCUGACUAUGUGCGUAAUUUAGUUACUAAGCACAGUCUAAAACGUAAUAUUCCAGUAGUCAUAGAUUGUUCGCACAUUUAUGGUGCUGAUUUUACAGCUGCUAAAGUAAUAGAAAUGCUUUCACAAGACUUCUCUAAUCGCGGUCAGGCUUUAUUUUUCUACAAUCUCAAGCCCAGUGUAGUGGAAGUGUUUAAAGGUGUAGAACCUAAAGAUUUCAUCUUAUAUUAUCAUAAAAAAGAUUUGGAAAAAUUAUUGGCUUUAAAAGCGAAGAACAACACAAUUUUAAGCAAAGCUUAAAAGUUUAAAGUUACAAGAUUAUCAAAAUUAAAUUCGUGAUUUAUAGCUUAGAUGGAAAAUCUGGGUGAGAGUUUAAGUUUUUUAUUUUUGUUUGAUUCAACACUAUAGAUGAUAGAUUGUUUUUAUUGUAAUAUAAUAUAUUUCAAUCAAAAUUAAUAUAAAAUAUUUAAUUUGAAAUUAAUAAAUCAUAUACAUAUCAUAUAUAUUUUUGAACUAUAAAAUUAGA